AUGAAACUCAGUACGCGUGGCGAACUUACCCAGAGCGAACUACAAAUGGACGUUCUGACCGAAAAAUUAAAUAGAUCGAGAGAAAUUCUUGAUGAAAAUGGCCUAAAUAAGACAAUUGGUUCUUUAGAAAAUCAGAAUACCCGCAAUUUGUAUCCUUUCAGCGGUCCUAAUGCCGUAAAUGAAAAUGACAAAACAUUAAAUCAACAGGAUUUGCCCGGAAAGGGAAAUCAAACAUUCGUUUCCGUACUUUUAGAAAAAAGAGAGAACCAAAGAAACAACGAAGACAUAGACGCGAAUUCAUCGUCACCCAUCGCCGAUAUAAUCGCCGCAAGCGAUACAGAAGAUGACGAGCCAAUUCAUUCGCUAAUUUCAAAUAGUGAAGCGUCUGAAGCAAUAAAAAAAACAACAAAUGCUUUUGAGGAACAGACUCAGCUUUUUCACGGCAAUGAUACACAGAGACCUGGUAUAAGACAAUUGGAUACCCAAAGUCAAAGCGAGCCGCAAAACGAUAACGAGUUAGGCGUUAAUCCAUCACUACCUAAAACGGUUUCUAUAGACAUAAAAGAUGAUGCAGCCAAACUCGAUAUCAAUGAGGAUUUACAAAGUUUAGAGGGUCAUGAGAGGAAAAGGAAAUUACAUGCACACCCAUCUAGCGUUAAACCGAAUGAGGGGCGCGUAUUAAGGUCAAGAAAAUCCCAGUCUAGUCUACCUUCGUCAACAGCGACCUUCUCGCCCGAAUAUUCAGAUGAGCCUGAAGGAUCUCCAAAGUCCGAUUCUGAAUAUGCUGACGAAGGUGAUGCAAUUGCUAGUGUAAUUAACUUAAAUGACAGUGACGAGGAAAAGGGUAUUGUAAAGGAUGACUCUUCUACUGAAACAGAUGAGGACAUUAUUCCUCUCGUCAGCGUUAAGCGGAAAGGGAAAGGGAAAGGACGAUCAACUUCUCGAGGGUCUUCUUCUCCUUUUACCACUUCAACUAAUACCUUCAAAAAUCCUGCAACUCGGAUACCACCAUAUGAACGGACCCAUCAUCGGUUAGUUCGAAAUCACCCUGAACUGGACAAUGUGUGGGAUGCUCUCGAGCGUGAUUCCCCCCAACAAGUACAACAAGUAGAGCAACCGAAAGAGUUAGUAUUGAGUUUACUACCGUUUCAGCGAGAAGGUGUAUACUGGCUCCGACAUCAGGAAGAAUCUUCUUUUGGAGGAGGAAUUUUGGCAGAUGAAAUGGGAAUGGGUAAAACGAUUCAAACAAUUGGUCUUUUACUUGCUACACCUCGUGGGGAACCUACCUUGGUGGUAGCUCCUGUGGUUGCUAUCAUGCAAUGGAAAGAAGAGAUUGAUGUUCAUACUAAUAAAGCCUUAAGCACGUAUUUGUAUUAUGGUCAAUCUAGGAAUAUUUCUCCUCAGGAUUUGUCAAAAUAUGACGUUGUUUUGACUAGUUACAAUGUCAUUGAAUCCGCUUAUAGAAAAGAACGUUCGGGUUUUCGCCGUAAAGGAGGACUUGUUAAAGAGAAAUCUUUGCUUCAUAAUUUGGAGUUUUACAGGAUCAUUUUAGAUGAGGCUCACGGUAUAAAAUCCAGGACUUGCAAUACUGCGAGGGCGGUAUGCACCCUUAAAACGAAGAGACGAAUUUGCCUUUCGGGCACUCCUUUGCAAAACCGAAUUGGCGAGUUAUUUUCAUUGCUUCGAUUCUUACGUGCUGAUCCGUUUGCUUUUUAUUAUUGUUUGCAGUGUGAUUGCAAGUCUCUUCAGUGGCAGUUUUCGGAUAGAAGCAAUUGCGACCAUUGUGGUCAUAAACCAAUGAGUCACACUUGUUAUUUUAAUGCAGAGAUGUUGAAGCCUAUACAAAAAUUUGGGAGUGAAGGACCUGGAAGAGCUGGAUUUGCAAAAGUUCAUCGACUUUUAAACAACAUUAUGCUUCGACGAACCAAGUUAGAGAGGGCUGAUGAUUUAGGUCUACCUCCCCGCGUCGUAGAAGUGCGACGUGAUUUAUUUAAUGAAGAGGAAGAAGAUGUUUAUCAAUCUCUUUACAUGGACUCCAAAAGGAAGUUUAACACUUACCUUGCACAAGGUGUCGUUUUAAACAACUAUGCAAACAUUUUCCAGUUGAUUACUAGGAUGCGCCAGAUGGCAGAUCAUCCCGACUUGGUGUUAGCGAGUAAGAGAAAGACAGUGGACGUUGAUACGCAAGAGAACAUAGUGUGUAGAAUAUGUGAUGAAGUCGCACAAGAUGCUAUUGAGUCUAGAUGCCAUCAUACGUUUUGUCGGCUUUGUAUCUCUGAACUUUUGAAUUCCGCGGGUGAAUCCGAAGAAGUUGCAUGUCCCGCAUGUUUUAUUCCGUUAAGCAUAGAUCUAAGUGCACCUUCUAUGGAAGAAUUCUCAGAAGAGAAGUUUAAGAAUGCAUCAAUUCUCAAUCGUAUUGACAUGAAUAAUUGGCGUUCUUCCACAAAAAUCGAAGCUUUGGUAGAGGAAUUAUACCUAUUAAGAAGAAAAGAUAGGACCAUAAAGUCCAUCGUAUUUUCUCAGUUUACUUCCAUGUUAGAUCUGAUUCACUGGCGGCUUAGAAAAGCUGGGUUUAACUGCGUGAAGUUAGACGGUGGUAUGACUCCAAAAGCACGAGCAGCAACAAUUGAAGCCUUUAGUAAAGAUAUAAACAUCAGCAUAUUUCUUGUUUCUCUGAAAGCCGGUGGUGUUGCUUUGAACCUUACGGAAGCUUCUCAAGUGUUUAUGAUGGACCCAUGGUGGAAUGGAGCCGUUCAAUGGCAAGCCAUGGACCGAAUCCAUCGAAUUGGACAAAAGCGACCAAUUCGUGUCACUACUCUUUGCAUUGAGAAUUCGAUUGAGAGUAAGAUCAUCGAACUUCAGGAUAAGAAGGCACAGAUGAUCCAUGCUACAAUAGAUCAAGAUGAAAAGGCUCUAAACCAGCUCUCGGUAGAUGAUAUGCAGUUUUUGUUUUCCAAUUAA